AACGACAAGAUCACCCACAUCUAUCUUCCCAAGAACAAGAACAACCCUCCAAAAAUCCCAAGUCUUCUCUAAAAAUGGAGCAUGAAAAUCUCAAGCUCCGUGAAACAGAAGUCCACUUUUGGGGCAAUACCCCAGAGGAUGAGUACUACAAACAACAAGGGAUCAAAGCUUCACGGUCAUCUUACACAUCACCAAGAGGCCUCUCUCUUUUCACAAGAUCAUGGCUUCCAAUCUCCACCGAUCCUGUACUUGGCGUUAUGUGUAUGGUUCAUGGUUAUGGAAACGAUAUCAGCUGGACUUUUCAGUCCACGGCUAUCUUCCUAGCCCAGAUGGGUUUUGCCUGCUUUGGACUUGACAUUGAAGGCCAUGGUAAGUCUCAAGGCCUUAAGGGCUAUGUACCCAAUGUUGAUCUUGUUGUUCAAGACUGUCUUUCUUUCUUUGAUUCCAUCAAGAAUGACACACAGUUUCAUGGGUUGCCUUUCUUUUUGUAUGGUGAAUCAAUGGGCGGUGCUAUUUGUCUCUUGAUUCAUUUAGCAAACCCUAAAGGGUUUGACGGUGCAGUUUUGGUCGCCCCCAUGUGCAAAAUCUCUGAUAAUAUAAAACCCAGAUGGCCAAUUUCUGAUAUUCUAUUAUUGGUGGCAAAAUUUUUGCCUACUUUAGCUAUAGUUCCAGCUGCUAGCAUUCUGCACAAGUCAAUCAAAGUGGAGAGAAAAGUGCCGAUUGCAGAAAUGAACCCAAUGAGAUAUAGGGGGAAACCAAGAUUGGGAACUGUUGUCGAGCUUCUAAGGGUUACUGAUUAUUUGAGUCAAAAUUUGAGAAAUGUUACCAUUCCAUUUAUUGUAUUACAUGGUAGCAUGGAUGUUGUCACUGAUCCAAAAGUGAGCGAAAGUUUGUAUGAGGAGGCAAAAAGCGAAGACAAGACGAUAAAGAUUUAUGAUGGAAUGGUGCAUUCUUUGCUUUUUGGAGAAACUGAUGAGAAUGUUGAAAUUGUUCGGCAAGAUAUUAUAUCUUGGUUGAAUGGUAGAUGCAAGCGAAACUGUCUGUAAGUUUGUCGUUUUGGGAUGUUUUAUUACUGCUGGUUGGUUGUUCAAUUAAAGAACUUUAUACUUGGAAAUUUAUUCUAGAAUUCAUGUUGAGUUCCUGUGCUGAUGUUGGGUAAAAUUAACACUUUGGUUGUGUAAUUAUGCUUCUUGAAAUGCACGGUCUCUAUAUCCUAA